AUGGACCACAGUCCUACACUGGCGUCACGCGUAUCUUCUUUUCGUUUUUCCAAACGCAAAUUUCUAAUUUUCGCCUUCCCUUGCUUAUCUCAGGUUUGGAUCAACAGUGGCGACAUUAUUCUUAUUGGCCUGCGCGAUUUCCAGGACAGCAAAGCUGAUGUUAUCCUAAAGUACCUAAACGACGAGGCACGUACCCUAAAAUCCCUGGGUGAGAUACCCGAAACUGUGAACUUGGAGGAGAACAAUGACAUCGCUUUUGACGCCAACGCGGCCAUGCCCGACAUGGAUGCAGAAGACGGAGAUUCCGACAUGCCCGGCUCCUCAGAUUCUUCUUCCUCCUCCGAAGAAGAGUCCGAGGAGGAAGAAGACGAAGAAGAGCAGUUGGGCUUAAAGAAUGCUUCCCGCUAUAAGGGUGAAUUCAGUGGUGACGUCAAUCAUUGGAAGGGCAAGAAACAAAAGCCCCGAAAAUAA